UGUUGUCUUUUUUUUUCCCUUUCAAUGCCAACUGUUUUCUUUAGGAUUUUCGAACUAUACAAUCUUGUUUUAGAUUAUUUGGUCCUCAAGAAACUAUCCUUCCUGCCCCCCUCCUGGAUUAAUCCUACCCACACCACCCUUGUUUGCUGCCGGCAGUGAAACCAAAACAAAACCUCUGCAGAUCCUCUCCUUGUUGCUACAAUGGAUGGUGAAGAGUUAAAGAGGGUUUUCCAAGUGUUUGACAAGAAUGGAGAUGGGAGGAUUACAAAGGAAGAGUUGAAUGAGUCAUUGGAGAACUUGGGCAUCUUUAUUCCUGAUGAAGAGUUAACCCAAAUGAUUCAAAAGAUUGAUGUCAAUGGCAAUAAUUGUGUUGAUAUUGAUGAGUUUGGUGAGUUGUAUCAAUCCCUCAUGGAUGGUAAGGAUGAAGAUGAAGAUAUGAAGGAGACUUUCAAUGUUUUUGAUCAAAAUGGAGAUGGUUAUAUUUCUGUUGAUGAGUUGAGGUCUGUUUUGGAUUCACUUGGGCUUAAACAAGGGAAAACCGUUGAGGAUUGCAAGAAGAUGAUAAUGAAAGUUGAUAUGGAUGGUGAUGGUAGGGUUAAUUUUAAGGAAUUCAAGCAAAUGAUGAAAGGAGGAGGCUUUAGUGCUCUGACAUAACUUGCAAGGCAAGGAUCUAUCAAGGGUUUGUAGAUAUUUUUGGACAAAUCAACAUGAUCUUUGGCUCCGACUUGUGGCUGCGUUGCAUUGGUUCAACAUAGUGUC